AUGUAAUCUCUACAGAAAGUUUUCGCAAGACAACUCAUCAGUUCAUAAAGAGUGGUGACAGUUCAAUUCCCAUCAGCAGGUUUCGCAGCUAAAGAUGCAAAGGAAAAGUCCACAGGUGAUGAGAAAAACUUUAUCAACAAGUAAGAGUAGGAAAUACUAAAGAACCUUCUUAAGAAAGUGUCAGCCUAGAAUAAGGAAGCUGAAGCUGAAAAAGCCACUAGAAAAACCACUGAAUUAGCUGAACUUAAGAAACUCUUCGGUGAUCACAAAGCUACUUUUAAUGAUAAACUUGGAAAUGAUCUUUAUGAUUGGAAAUUCAAUUGA